UGGUGCUUAUUAGUGAUGUCUCUAGCUCAUGAAUAUCCGUGCAGGCGGGAAGCGUUGAUGUUCUACAUUGUUACUAUGCGCACGGACAAGACAAUGAAAACUUUCAAAGACGCAGUUAUUGGUUGCUUCAAGAAGAGCUUUCCCACAUUGUUUUUGUCCACUAUCUCGAAGUUAAGGGUAGUAGAGUUUCUACUUCUUUUAGCCGGAUGCAAAAGACUGAAGAUGCUACUCGGUCUCCUCAAGAAACUGGGGAAGCCUUAUCCAGUGAACACGAUGGUUAUGCUUCUUGCAGCUUCAAUCAAAAUGAUCAUAGCAAUCAUUCACAAACUACUGACUCAGCAAGUGUCAAUGGUUUUCACACUCCAGAACUUGAAGAUGCUGAAUCAGCAUACAAUCAGCAUGGAAGCUCCAUAGUUUACUCUCAUCAAGAACUUCAGCAGCCUGCAACUAGAGGAAACCUUACUGGUUUUGAUCCUUACUAUCAAGUAUCUUUGACGCCCAGGGAUAAUUAUCAGAAAGAGUUUCGCACAGUCCCCAUAACACAUUCUUCAGUUAUGNGCACUGU